UUGUCGUGACGUCACUUCCUGAGGAGCGCUUGCCUCCUACUUUUUGUUGGGACCUGGGAGAGAAAAUUAUCCCGCAGAGGCACCGAGGCGGAAUAAAACAAGGAAAAGGAAGAUUAGAAAACCAGAAGUCACAAAGUGCGGAAAUGUCCGAGGCUUCUGUUUAGCCGACUGCGAUGCAGGCGGGCGUCCUUUCACCGUGAAUUCCCGCGAGGAGGUUUUUGUGCAUACAGGUGCUCUUCCUCUCCCCCCGUCAUGUUAAGUUUCCUGCGCAGGACGCUGGGGCGACGCUCCAUCCGGAAACAUGCAGAGAAAGCCCGGCUACGAGAAGCCCAGCGGGCCACAACGCACAUCCCUGCAGCUGGGGAUGCAACGUCUAUCAUCACCUGCCGUGUGUCUCUGCUGGAUGGGACAGAUGUCAGUGUUGACUUACCGAAAAAAGCCAAAGGCGAGGAGCUGUUUGAACAGAUCAUGUACCAUCUGGACAUUGUUGAGAAAGACUACUUUGGAAUACGCUUCAUGGACUCGGCACAAGUUCCACAUUGGCUCGAUGUCACAAAAAGUAUCAAGAAACAAGUGAAAAGUGAGCUCGAAUGUCCAUUUGACACAGCGGUGGAGUUGGCUGCCUUCUCACUACAGGCCGAGUUGGGCGACUGUGAUCCAUUAGAACACAAUUUGGAUCUCGUGUCAGAGUUUCGCUUCAUGCCUGAGCAGACAGAGGAGAUGGAGCUGGCUAUAUAUAACACAUGGAAGGAGUGCAGAGGUCAGACACCAGCCCAGGCUGAGAUCAACUACCUGAAUAAAGCCAAGUGGCUCGAAAUGUACGGGGUGGACAUGCAUAUGGUGAAGGCUCGAGAUGGUAACGAGUACAGCCUGGGCCUGACACCCACUGGAGUUCUGGUGUUUGAAGGACAAACUAAGAUCGGCCUUUUCUUCUGGCCCAAGAUCACUCGCCUGGAUUUCAAGAAGAGCAAACUGACGCUUGUGGUCGUGGAGGAUGAUGAUCAGGGUAAAGAGCAGGAGCACACCUUUGUCUUCAGGAUGGACCACCCCAAGGCCUGUAAGCAUCUCUGGAAGUGCGCUGUGGAGCACCACGCUUUCUUUAGGCUGAGAGGACCUGUGGAGAAGAACUCUGCACGCUCUGGAUUCAUACGCAUGGGCUCACGCUUCAGAUACAGCGGCAAGACUGAAUACCAGACAACAAAGGCCAGCAAAGCAAGGCGCUCAGCAUCAUUUGAGAGGAGACCGAGCAGACGCUACUCGAGAAGAACCAUGCACAGCAGAGGACCGUUCAACCAACCAGAGGCUCUUUCCUCAGGCAACGGAGUCAAUUCCAGCAAAGACAGAAAGGUGACCCCCAGCAGGAGUGCAUGGGCAGCCAUGCCCGUGGUCAGCCCGGUGGCUGCUUCUGCCUGUGGACCGAUUGAGAGCGAGGCUCUGCCCAGGAGUCCUGGGGGAGAAAAAAGAAGUUUGCCAGUGGUUGCUGACCUAAUGGAGACGUGCGUCGACGAUGUCCUCAGAGCUCCUGUUGUCCCUGCGGUCACAGCUAUCGAGGAGCCCGUACAAGCCGCUGCCUAUGCCGGUGCUAGCGUCCCUGCAGAAGAUGCGCUGAGUCUCGCUGAAGCAGCAGCUCGUCUGAAGCAGCUGGAGUUGGAGAGCAGUCCGCUUCUCGCUGCGCCGAGAAAUAACAUGAACGUCAACGUGGCCAUGAACAACCAGGACGAUGUGGUGAAGCUCACAGAGAAGUGCGGGCUGAACAGUGCGGGCAGCAGUCCAUGCGUGACUCCGCUGCGCACCCCGGAGGAUCUGAAGAGUAACAUCCUGAAGGCUCAAGCCGAGGCGGCCGCGCUCAAGGGGGCUUUGGAGGAACACGCUGUGAUGCUUGGAGAUAAAAACUGUAACCUGCAGGAGGCUUCUGCCAGCAGCCGCCCUGACGUCCAGGACACCUGGGACCUGCUGAAGCCACCAUCCUCCCUGGUCUCAUCUGCAGGCGCCAGCGCUGAGAGAUUGGCUGAAGAUUUAAAAGCUUCUGUUCCCAAAAAGUCCUCCGAGUCGACCAGUGAAGCCCCGGCACCAAAGGUUAAAGCAGAGGAGGUCGACCUGCAAAGCGCCGCCCCACUUUCUGACAACCUUAUUGACUUCACUGAUCCAACUCCUGUGCUCCCACCGGUGCAGCCGACCAAACCUCUCAUCACACCGCGCUGGAUCGUCCCCACAGCCGCUCCUCCCGGCGCCUUUACUAACGGCCUGCUCGACCUUGACCCCCCGCCUAAGGUCAACCCUCUUCUCCCUUCAGAUGGGGGAGCAUCCCUCACCUCAGCCCUCCCUCACCUCACUCACACACGUAACGCCGUCUCCACCCUCUCCACCAGCACUGUGGCUCAGCCGCCAGCCUCAGAGGAUGGAGCCAAACCCAGAGGUCUCUUGACCACUGAGCUCUGAUGAAGAAACGAGCGGCCGCCAUCAUGCUCUUCAUCUUCCCGCCUGGUUUCCCGCUUCACCCGCGCACCCACCCGCACGCAGGCCGGCCGAGUCUGAAAACGCAAAAGAAGAGGCAGCUUGCAAACCGCCACGACCACAACCGUAGCUACACAGAUCAGCAAUAUGAAGUACUUUUUUUUUUAUGAUCUCAUGGCGUCGAGCUUAGUCUUUGUAAGAUGGUGUAUACAAACAUUUUAGCCUCAGCAUUAAGAAAACCUUAUUUUGUGCACCACGUUAGUAACCUGCCAUUACCGAGUCCAUCCAGUCACCCAAAGCGCUGUCGGCAGCAUCUCUGCCUGCUUUGAGACUCUGGUGGAAGCUCUCGCCCUGGUUCUGAGUUUAAGCACCGGCAGUGCAAACCGCUGGAUCUCUGAGCUUUCCUCUGGGAAGCUGCUGAACGACACUGGAUGAUGCACGCACGAGAUAUAAGCUUGAAGUGUUCGAAUAUAAGAGAUCACGCAGUGCAGCGCGUUUAAACCCGCUAACGCUACAUGAUGUAGCCACUGGAUCUGGAAACGUCACUGGAUUACCUUCAAACACUGGACCUUCAGCUGAUUUUUAUUUUUUCCCACAUUAGAUG